CGAUAUUGUCCUUGUACAGGACACGCGGAAUAGUAUUAGCACAUCUAGUGUCAAUAUCAGAACAGUGUUUUGUGAUAAAAAUUAAAAUCAGUGUUCGGUUCGGAAGAUCGCGAUUAUUGUUUGCCGAUCGUAUAUGUUGUGUGUUUCUGUUUGUUUGUCUCUUCGAUCAUCUGUCAGUGAGUCCUUCGCGCGUCUCCCGCUGUGCAGUGUAUUGAAUAUUGUUUUGUUUUGGUUUUGUUAUUGUUGUGUGUUAAGUAGAGAGUGCGAUGUCGUCGCGGACGAUGAUGAUGGCGUGUGUACAAAGAUAAGAAAUGCGCGAGGGACAAACGUCCUUCGGGUGUCGUUGAAAGCCGUUGCGGGCGAUCGGGCCGGUCGCCCCGGUGCUCUCGCUGCGAGGAUAGAGCAGAUAAGACUCGCGAGAUGCCCCACGCACACAGCGCCAGUGGGGGCGACGACCUGGGCAGUACUGACGAAGUGAAGGUCUUCUAUGUCGAAGGAGAUGGCGAGGAUGAGAAGCGCUCCUCAGAGAAUCUUCUCGAGGAAAAGUCGAGUCUCAUCGAUCUCACUGAAUCCGAGGAAAAGUCAGCGACUGGAUACACCGCCAACAAAAAUGCGUCGAGAUCGGAUCAUAGUCCGGUGUUUGGCAAAGUCGAGCCGUCGACGCAUCCUUCUUCCAGCUUCAACAUGGGCUACUUGGUGUCUCCCUACAGUUACCACAACGGCGCGAGCGGGCCGAUUCCUGUAUCUUCUAUGGCGAGCAAGAUGGGAUUGCCGACAACGCAUCCGGGUGCGACGGGUUUAUCGUUUUUCUGUCACAACGGCGAACACCUGACGCAACCGCCUCCUGCUCACAUGGGUAUCCCGCCUUACCAGCUCGAUCCAAAAACGGCCGCAGGAGCCAUGGGAGCAAUGGGUGCUAUGGGAGAGUACUGGCGAGGACUGCAACUUGGGUUGCGAGCGUCGCCUGCGGCCGGUAACGGAGCACCUGGAACGAGUCCGCCGCCACCUCCGCCACCAGCUGUCGGUCUCAGCACCGGAGACUGGAAACGCCUUGGACCUCUGCUUGCUGCUACUGGUUUGACGAGGCCUUCGAUGUUUCCGUACUCACCAGCGCAGUAUUCUUAUCCUAUGCUUAGUCCAGAAAUGUCACAAGUCGCCGCAUCAUGGCAUACGCCCAGUAUGUACCCCAUUUCUUCAGGAUCAUCAGGAUUUCGAAGUCCGUAUCCAUCAUCGUUACCUAUUACUAGUACAACUCUUCCCAGUGAUUUCUACAGGUUUUCACCGACCGGACUGAUUCCAUCUCAUCCGCAUGCCGGGCUUAGUCCGCACGCACAUCCUCACCACGUGCAUUCACUAACAUCACAUCCCGCAAUCGUGACGCCGGGGCCCAAACAAGAAUUACCGCACCAGAAUAAUAACCACCGAUAUGCAAGGUCAUCUUUGGAUUCUAAAAAUUCAACAGCGGCCCAAAUAGACAAACAAAAUGGACCUGAUGCAGGUAAUUCUGCAGCAGAUAAGAAAAAGCCACAUAUCAAGAAACCCCUAAAUGCUUUCAUGCUUUAUAUGAAAGAAAUGCGUGCCAAAGUAGUUGCAGAAUGUACAUUAAAAGAAAGUGCAGCGAUUAACCAAAUAUUAGGGCGACGGUGGCACUCUCUGAGUCGCGAAGAGCAAGCGAAAUACUACGAGAAGGCUCGCCAGGAACGGCAGCUACACAUGCAGAUGUAUCCGGGAUGGAGUGCCAGAGACAAUUACGGUUACGGCUCCAAGAAGAAGAAGAAAAGAAAGAAAGAGCGCGCCGCCGGCCGAUCCGGAGGAAAUAAUAUGAAAAAAUGUCGCGCCAUUGGUCUGGAUCAACAAAGCCAAUGGUGCAAGCCUUGCAGGUGA